GCUUCAUUCGCGGCUCUCGCAUGUUUGCGAUGCGUGCAAGGCGCGCAAGAUUAGGUGCAAGAAAACAUCGGAUCAUUCAGAGGGCUGCGAUAAUUGUCACAAGAAAGGGCAUACUUGCAUCUACAGUCCCUUGAAGAGGAGAUUCAAGUCUCAAGAUCUGAGUCCACGGCAUCGGAACCUGCGCCAAUCUCAAGGGACUACCCGUGAUCUGUCGGAGACAAGGACAUUGGGAGUUGCUACGGCGCUGUCCUCCGCUCCGUCCGGCGGAAACCCUUCACAAGAUGGUAGAGACGAGUUAACCUGGACACGAGUUCCUGAUCCCGUUCAAGGAUUCUCACAUCGACCUCUCUACGUGGACCAAUUGCUUCAAACUCGGCAGUCAACCGGACGCACCCAGAACGCUUCGUUUAUCUUAGGAGCCGACGAGAACUAUUUGGCCAGCUCAAGCAUGAGUUUCUUCUCCGACAGCCGAUUAGACGCUCUUUCGGCAUGUCUAGGUAACAAUGCACUCAGGUCUCUUAUUUCGAGAAUAUCUGGCAUGGUCAACUCCCGUGUGCAAGUGCUCAAUCGCAACUUCAGACCGUCUAGUAUUUGGAACCGACUGGGCGAGAUUCCCGUUCUAUCACCCGGAAGAGCACGCCAUCUCAUUGAAAUCUACUUUGAGAAUAUCCACCCUCUAUACCCCUUUCUGGACCGUCACGAAUUCGAGGCCAGGGCAUUUUCACCCACUUUGGAUGAUGAUCUUGCUAAUGAUGUGGCUUGGGCAGCUUUGUAUCACACCGUGCUAGCUUUAGGUUGCGAAUUCAAUGGUGGAGGCUCAUUCGCACCUGGUGAAGGCGAAGCCUGGAGUCUUUUCAAGGUCGCACUUGAUCUUUACCCAAGGGUGUUGCUACUAAAUACAGACCUUCUAGAAGUUCAGUCAAUUACGGCCAUGGCCAUAUUCUGUCUCAACAUGUCGGGCACUCAGAUAGAAGGGAAAAUUCUAUCCGAGGCAGCAAGGGUUGCCCAGCGCGCAUUCUUAAACAAAGCAUCUACCGGCAGUGACGCUACAAUUCGUAGCCGUGUUUUCUGGGUAGUAUAUUACAUUGAAAAAACAGUAUCGUUUCAUACUGGUUGUACCUCGUUUAUUGUCGACUGCGAUAUUGGCUCGCCCAUACCUUUAAUUGAAGAGGCAAUCUUCGAGGAUUUUGACUGGUUUUUCACUUCAAUAAAGUUCGCAAGACUCUACUCGCGCAUAUUCACUGAGCUGUUCUCUAUAACUGCAACAAAGAAUUCAAGGACGACAUAUCUCAGCACAAUAUCUGAGUUCGAAGAGCUCUUGGAGCAACAAUGUCAAGCAAUCCCACCUCGAUUCCGACCUGGUGUUAAGUUGCGACCGCAGGCAUUUUCACAUCCCUGCGGACUUAACGCCGCUCUUCGGGUUCACUACCACUACCAUGAGCUCAAGAUAGCUCUUCAUCGCUUGAAGCUGCAUGUUACUCGUGACCAAAUUGCUCCCCGGCCGUCAUCGGACAUGGCUGGCAUUAUGAACUCAGCGCGUGCCGUAAUUGAAAUCACUCGAGUCAUUCAGCAAGAACCGUCCACACCGUUCUUCGUUAUCUUCUUCAUGCCGUUUACGGCCUUGUUCAUCUUAUUCGAUCAAAUCAUCCAAGAUCCAAACCACGAAGAUACUCACGGCAAUCUCGCCUUACUCGAAAGUGUGACUGGCUACUUCAGCGCCCUUGAAUAUGCCACGAAUGGGUAUUUACCAGGCUCCAUGCUGAUGCCGUUUGCCUCUAUUGCUCGGCAAUUUCACUCUACUUCCCAUGCCUCUCGUGGGGACAAUGUCAGCAAUGAAAACAGUGACAAGGGCACUACUUCUGAACAGUCCACGACAGAAAUGCUGGGCGUGGAUCCAUCCACACAUAGCCAACAAAUACCCUGGGAGGUCGUUGCCUCUCAGCCGAAUAUUGACUACUCAUCUCAAAUCUUGUCAUCAGUUCCUUCGAAUAAUUUCAUGUUAUCGGACAGCAGGCUCACUCCUGGUUUGGAGAUCAUGGAUCUCUUUUGUGGUCCUGCUCAUGGCGCUGAUUUCUUUUUCCCUCCAAAUUGAUGAAUUCAUUGGAGACUGGUUCAGAUUGUAUCACAAACCAACUUUGGAUGAUUCGAAAGACCAAUC